AUGUGCGUGACCGACGCCAAAGCGGCGGACGUUGUGGCGGUGGAGGAGGAAGAGAAGCAGGUGGGAGAUUAGGAGGGAGAGGAGGAGGCAGGGGAGGUGAAGUAGGAGGAUGGAAGAGGCUGUCUGGGAGGGCGGCUAGAAAUAAUUGACGGCGUAGAUGGCGAUGAAGAGGUGGCGGAAAGACUACGUUUAGUGCAGUCCGAAUGGUGCGGCUGGUCCGAAGGUGUCCAACAAAUCCAAUUGGCGUCCCCAGUAUCCGCUGACUCCGUGGACACGUUGGAGGCGGUUGUGCGUUGGCAUUGUGAGGUUGGCGCGGAUGAGAUUUGCAGGCCUUUUGUUUGUCUUUCGCGGGUGCAAUGCGGUUGACUUCGUUGAUCUCAGCGCCUGUCUUCACUGUCCUCCUCCAGGUCGACCGGUCUCGGCCGGUCUUCCUAAUUGGUUGGAUUAAUUUGUAGGCGUUUCAGAGAGGACUUCAGAGUAUCCUUGUAGCAACAGACUUGGCCUUCUUGGUGGCGAUAAUCCAUGGCGACGUCUCCAUAGAAGAGUCAUUUGGGUAGCCACUUGUCGUUCGUCCGCACGAGAUGGCCGCUCCAACCUCGUUGCAGUUGUCUCAGCAUGGCGUAAACGCUCCACUACAUCAGCGUCCGGGAUUCGGUUCUGCCACCUCAGAUUCAGUAUGCGGUUAAGACAACUGGGGUGAAAAUGUUGUUGUAGUGUUGGUGUGCGUGGCAGGCGCCACGACGGCAGUCGUUGGGUCAGUGGAUGAGGAGGAUGAGAAUGAGUAUGAGGAGGAGCAGGAUGGAUGUGGUGGUUCAGGAGGACGGUCAGAGUUAGCCCCAUGGCGUAGAGGACGAGGAAGUAGUUGACGGACGGGCGACGGUUGUUGCAUUCAGUGUGCCGCAGUUGGUCUGGAGAUGUCCAACAAGUCGAAUUGGCGCCCGGAAUGUCCGUUGACCCCGUGGAUAAGAUGGAGGCGGCUGUGUGUUGGCAUUUCGAGGUUGGCGCAGCUGAGUUUUGCGUGCUUAGCGUUUAAAUUUCACAGGGGCGAUGUGGUUGACUUCGAAGAUUGCAGCGCCUGUUUUUCUACCACGUAGGUCGGUCCCGGGCGAGGCCUUCAUAGUUUGUCAGGUUGAUCUGCAGGAGCUUCAGGGGAGUUUGAUAAAUAACCUUGUAUCGACGAAUUUGGCCUCCCUGACGGCAUGAACCCGUGGCUACAUCUUCAUAGAAGAGUAGUUUGGGUAGCCGCUCGUCGUCCAUUCGUACUAGUUGGCCGAUCCAACAUAGCGUAAAUGCUGAGCAUUCCCGUCCGCUCCAUUGUUAUCGUGUCUGGUAUCUGGUGUUGCCACCUCAGCUUCAGUAUCCGUUGAAGACAGCCGAGGCGGAAGUGGCAGAGUGUACGUGUCUGCUUCAUGCACACCAUCCAAGUCUCUGCUCCAUACAGCAACGUCGGUAGAAUGACAGCCUUGUGUAUCUUCAGUUUCGUGCUGAGUUAAAGACAGUAACUAAUCCAAACUGUGUUUCGAAGACGACCGAAGGUAUGACUGGACUGGAGAAUCCAGAAGUCCACUUAAUCGUCCAUUUUGUUGCUGCAGGAGAGGGUACUGCCCAGAUACGUGCAGUUGGCCACCACUUGUACUUGGCGCCGUUCACGCUGAUUUGCGGCGCAUUGUAGGCAGUGUUGGGUGGCGGUUGGUGCAUAACCACCGCCUUCUCCGUGUUGAUAACCAGGUAUAAGUUGUCGCAGGUGGCGGAGAAGAGAUCCAUGCUCCUUUGUAUGUCCCCUUCAGUAGCUGAAUUGAGGACACAUUUAUGGGCGAAAAGAAGUUCGUGGACGGUGUUUGUGGAUACAAGAGCAGGAGCAGGAAUAUGAGAAGAAGGAGGAGAAGGAGGAGGUGGUAAUGGAGGAGGAGUUGGAGGAGGAGGAGAAGGAGGAGCAGGGGCAGGAGGAGAAGGAAGAGGAGCAAGAGGGGGAGGAGGAGGAGAUGGAAAUGGAGAGAGAGAGUUAG